CUGCUCUUAAUGUUUUAAAUGCUCAAUCUGCUGCUUGUGCAAGGUGUGCUGCUAGUUUUUUAACAGCUAAAGAGGCAACAUUAAAACGUGAACCAGUGAGUUUGCUAACCGUGAACGAAAAGUUAGCAGCGAAGCUAAGUUAGUUAGCAAACUUCCUGUCUGUGCUGCCACAUCGUCAGAAGUAGCGCCGCAGUUACUGCUGAAAUUUUACCAAGCAAUUUGACGCGUUUAUCUGGACUGCUUAGCUGCUCUUCACUGGGCUGAUUGUGGAGAAUGUCAUCAAGGGGCAUAGUCCUCCAUUUGCAAACCUUCUGUGCAAGUCCUAAGAAGAGGGUGACUGGGGGAAACUGACCGACUUCAACUACGUUUAAAUAAGUUGUUCUCAAGUCAGCCAUGGCACGGGAGGAAGAGGAAGAGGGACUGACGGUCGAUGGACCCAAGGAGGUGGAUAUGUUUGCCUCAGUGCGUUGCCUGGGUUACCUGUCGAGCGUCAACCUCCUUGUGGCAGUAUGCGUUGGCAUGUAUGUACGCUGGGAGGUGACAAGUGAACCAAUGAUUCUGGUCAUCUUUAUCCUGGGCCUCUUUGUCCUGGGGAUAGCCAGCAUUCUCCAUUACUACUUUGCCAUGGAGAAAGCCAGUCUCAGCUUAUUCCGACUGUGGUUUGGCUUUUUGCUCGGCCUUCUGUGUUUCCUCAACAGUCCUACCUUGGAUUCAAACGUCAAGGAACUGGUUGCCAACUAUCUCCUCUUAGCCAGUUUAAUCAUGAAAACAGUAUGGGCUGUAACCGAGCGAAUAUGCUGCUCCAUCCGUUACAAACCCACCUUGCUGACCUCAGCUGAGUUGCUGGAGCUCUUGGGAUUUGCUGUUGCCAGCACUACCAUGCUUCUUCACAAGUCAGUGGCCAUAAUAGGCUUGGUAGUGGGCUUGGGGACUCUAAUUGUGGACCUGAGGAUGAAAUCACCCCUGGCUUUGCCCAACCUGGCCAGUUUUUCCUUGGUUACCUCUCUUGUGUUUUUCCAGGCCCUAGGCAUUACAGCCAACCCUUAUGCCCUCGGCUGCUAUCUGGGCAGACUGCUGUGUGAGCCUAUGUUGGAUGUUUACUUCAGUGGACUGGGGCCCAGCGAGCGCUGGAUACCAGUGCUCUCUAUGGGGAACGUGUUUAGGAGGCUGUCCUUGCUGCCUCUGAGUCUGAUUGAGCUGGCCUUCUUUGUCCUGGCUGCCGUUAAGCUUGGCCACUUGGAGCUGUGGUAUCUGGUGAUCCCAGGCUUCUGUCUUUUUGGUCUUUUCUGGUCCAUCUGCCACAUAAUUCUGCUGAUUACAAUAUGGGGCUUCCACACCAAGCUGAGUGAGUGUCAGAAGGCCUGGAAGGCCCAGCGAUCCAGUAACCGGAGUCUCGACCAAGUCAUGGCCUCCAGGGGCAUCCGACACUUCUGCCUCAUUUCAGAACGCCUGGUGUUUUUUAGCAUCCUGUCUACAGUCAUAUUGGGAGCUGUUUCCUGGCAGCCCUCCAACGGUGUCUUCCUCAGCGCUCUGCUGGUGGUGCUGCCUCUGGAGUCCCUGGCCCAUGGUUUGUUCCAUGAGCUGGGCAGCUGCCUGGGGGGCACCUGCGUUGGCUACGCCCUGGUGAUACCUACUGCUUACUGCAGCGCCGAUGGCCAGCCGACUCUCCUGCCGCCCGAGCAAGUACAACUGAUGAACCUGCGCUCCACAGGUAUGCUGAACAACGUGCAGCGCCUCUUUUCCCACCACAUGAUCCAGACGUUUGGAUGUGACUACUCCACCAGUGGCGUUACUCUGGAGACCUUGCAGACGAAGCUGCGCAACUUUCUGGAGCUGCGUACAGCAGAUGGGCCCCGUCAUGACACCUAUCUGGUUUUCUACAGUGGGCACACACACAAAGGCACCGGCGCUUGGGCUCUGGCUGGAGGUGAGAGAUUCCACCUGGCCCAGUUGCUGGAGCUGUGGCAGGAGAAGAACGCCGGCCACUGUUCCCGUCUGAUCCUCGUCCUGGAUACUGAAAACUCCCUCCCCUGGGUGAAGGAGGUGCGCAGGAUAGAGGGCAUCUAUGUAGCCGUGCAGGGGGCUGAGCUGUCCGCCAUCAGGGUGGACCCAGAGGCCAGAGACGUCCCCCUCCUCGGGGACUUCACCUCCGAAUGGGUGGAGUUCAACUGCAACCCAGACAGCGACACCCAGUGGUCAGAAAAGGGAAGGACCCUGACGGCUGUCUACGGAGUGUCCAAACGCUGGAGCGACUACACGCUUCACUUGCCCACUGGAAGUGACGUUGCCAAGCAUUGGAAGACCCACUUCCCUAAGGUGACAUAUCCCUUAGUGUACCUCUCCAACUGGUGCUGCGGCCUCAACCUGUUCUGGUUGUGUAGCGUGUGUCUGCGCUGCUUCAGGAGGUGUAAACUAGCUUGGUUCCCACCAGCUGUACUGGACACUGGACAGGGCAUUAAACUGGUGCACUCUUAGAAAUGAGGGAAUCUGGCAUUUUGACUUUCGUUCAUUCAUGACAGUUUGUUUUCACAGCAGGAUAUAAAGUGUACUCUUGUAUCUGUCAUAGCAGAUUUCACCCCAUGAAUAAAAUGUGACCUUUUAUCAGAAAGGUUAUUCAGCUCCUCCCAGGUGUGCUUUGCAUCAUGUUUAAUUGCUAGGAUGCUCAGACAUUGUGCUGGUAAUUUCAAAGCAAAACUUAGGCUCAGUAUUAAAAAUGGUAACUGAGGAUGAGGGAGUGAAAGGCCAAAUAAAUUAAAUAAAUUGUGCUUUUAUGGUGAUCAAAAAAGAGAGAUGUCAGACUUACAGUCGGUAAAACCAUAUUCAGUACAGAACUAUGGUCUUUUUGAGGUAAAAAAAAAAAUAUGGUUUUUAUAUUUGGGGACUGUGUGUUUUGGUAUAUUUUUGAAUAUUAUUGCUGUUUCCAUUGCUGCAUAAUUAUUUCUUUUGGAAGGUUUUUUUUUUCCUUUUUUUUCAUAACAUAGUGCCUUAAAGUGCCUUGAAAAAUGAUUUGGGGUCACCUUGAAUAUGGUCGCCUAAUUUUUGUAUUUGUAAAUGUAUGUAUAUACAGUAUAUAUGUAUACCCUUGCCUCUUAUUUAUAGUUAGAGGAUUGAGCUCAAACUGUGUGAGCAGGAGGUGUCUUCUUCAAGCCUGUCAACAGGAUAGACAGAAUGAUGUUGUUUUUGUGGGGCUGAACUCAGUGACCCUCUGGUUACAGAAUAGUCCAACCAAGAUGCCAACCUGCCACUCUUACUGAGGAAGCUUUUCCUCACCACCAGUUUAGGUUCACAUUUAUUUAUUAAUUUAAGAAAGACUCAUCAGCCGUGAGACAGUACAUCAUCACAGACACUAGCCCAGUAUGGUGCCUCAUUCUGUUUGUUUUUCACAAAUAAUUUCAAGUUGGAAGAAGUUAUUGACUCUGUACAAACACGUUGCAUUCAAGUUAGCUCAAGUUUUCGCCAUUCUGUGAAACAGUGGCUUGUCAUGCAAAUCGACAAAUCAAGAAGCCCCCGAUUCUUUUUAUUUGUGCACUGAACUUAUGAACACAUUGAAGAGCUGCGAUUUUCUUCUUUAUUUGCUGUGUUGGAUCUCUCUCCCACUCGUCCCUCGAGUCUGGAGUGGAUUGCUGCCUUAAAGUUUGAGUUUCACUGUGAUGUUUUCCAAUAGGUCAAGUGGCAAAUCUUCCACAUGUAAUUCCCCAUGUGCCUCACUUGAGUUAUGCUUGAAAAUGUCAAAAUUAAACUUGGAUAAUAAACCAA